AUGGACACAACGCCCGAACAUUCUCCAGAACAGAGAUCCGAUUCCUCCCAACAAGCGUCAACAUCCGUGUCCAGCACCGUGUCAAAUGUCGGAAGCAGCAUCGGCCAAAUUGCCGGGUCGUCGGUCGGCGAGGUGAAGAACAAGCUCAACGCAGUCUACACCUCCGAUUCCGUGCAGAAUGUUUGGGAGCAGGUCCGGUCUGUGGCAACGGGCGGGAAGGCCGCGAACAAUGUCGAACAAGAUCCGGAUGACCAGCCGGAUGCCGAAGAGAUCGAGCGAAUUGAUAAUAUGGAGAAGGAAAAGAUCGUGGAGUUUCUUCAAGACCGAAACAAAAGUCUUCGCAGGCGAAGUGCCAAAAGCCGAUAA